CAAAGGUGGCAAGAAGAAGAAAACCACCUUGAAGUACACAGUGGACUGCACUCACCCUGUGGAGGAUGGGAUCAUGGACCGUAUCAAGGUUGACGGCAAGACUGGCAACUUUGGAAAUAAAGUCUCCUUGGAAUUGCAGAAAAACAAAAUUAACCUGACUACAUUUGACAAAGAAGUACUUGAAAAAGACAACCUCCGUGACUGGCUGAGAGUUGUAGCAUCCUCUAAGGAAGCUUUUGAGCUCCGCUACUUCCAGAUUAACCAAGACGAGGAGGAGGAAGAUUAA